AUGGAUCUCCUUAUGGAGAAAAUUCGUUCAAAAGCUAACCAAUUCAAAUCAUUUGCAGAAUGCGCAAAAAGCAUAAGAAUGUCCCAAUUGGAAAAAAGAUUUCCAAUGGAUGUAGCUGACAGACAUCAGUUGCAAAAAUGUUUAGACACACUACAGCAGUCGAUGAAAGUUACUACCAUGCAAGGAAUAGUAGAAAGAUUAGAAAGUAUAUCUAGACAAUUGAGUUUAAAACUUAUGCCAGGACCUACAGGAUUAGAAUUAUUUAUUUCUUCCGAUAUGUUCUACUUAGAAGUGUCUUUGGAAAGUACUGGCAACGUAAAAGAUGUUAAAAUUCAUCAUGAAGGAAAAUUAGAGCAGCAGUCUUGCGAAGAACUGGUCAAGUCUUUGUCGAAAGGAGAUUUUGAGGAUUUUACUAUUCAGUUACAGGGACUUAUUUCAAUAUAUCAAUUGAAUGCUGAAAAAAAAGUUAAAUGUAAAGCUUUCAGUGCUUUAUGUGCUUUAGAGGCUGAUCUAGAUGCUCAUUGGUCUUUACAAUCUAAUACGAAAAAUGUAUUAACUUUACUCAAUAAAUCACCAGUCGGUGUUUUAUUAAAAAGAAGGGGAGGGCAUCCCAUGAGAUUGACAUACUUUGUUUCUCCAUAUGAAGUACUUGAAACUAAAAAAGAAUUAUCAUUAGACUUAAUUUAUAAAAGUAAUAUUGGUUGCAGUGUUACUAUUUGUUUAGAAGGAUCAGCAGCCCAUAAAUUGCAGACUGCACCCUUAGUUAGUAUUAACAAAAAUUCUAAUAAAAGCUCUGUUUUGUAUGCUCCAAUGACUCCAUCCAACAGUGCAACUUUACCAGCUUAUUUUACUCUCAAAUUAAACAAACCACAACCGAUAUGCCUUGAAUUGGUCAAACAAAUAAAUGCUUUGUCAGAACUAGAAUGUUGCGAUUCUUCAAAUCCUCAUCCUUUAUUUAGCCUUAUAACUCAAUUUGCUUCUAAUGGUAAAAUGGAUUCUUCGUCAAACAAAGGCUUAUUUGUGAAUUUGCCUGAUCAAGUUCAUUGCUAUUUUAUGACUGAAUGUCGUGGACUUGAUGGCGUUAUGCUAUCUUCAAUACCAUUUACUCAUCCAUCACAAGUUCCUCUUAUAUUAUCAAUUUUACGACAGCAAGCAGUAUUUAAUGGAUUGGUCAGUAGCAUAAUUAGACCACAUAGCAAACAAGAUGUUGAAAACAUGGUAAUGUUGGAAGUAUCUGCCUUAUCUUGCCAAUAUUUAUCGGUUUCUUUCGAACAUCCUUUACAGGAAAGUAUGUCUACUAUUGAAAUCGAUUUAACCGAUGUAUCAUCCAUAAAAGCAAAGUUGUAUACUUCCACGACGGAAAUGAAUGUAAAAACUAGCACAGAACAUAUCUCUAAAAUUUUACAAAGGUGUUUAUCAAUUCCGGUUACAAUGAGAUACUUGAUUAAAGCUCUUCAAAAUCAAUCCAUAGAUGGAAAUUUAAACGCUAUGAAUAACGGUCACUUUUCAUCUGCUCCAAAUGGAAAUUUAGGUAACGGAAAUGAUCAAAGUCCGAUAGACACGUCGAAAAUAAAACAAGAAAAUGGAUUAAGUAACGGUAUGAACGGUAGGAAUAAUACUCUAAGAAAUCAAUUCGACGACUUUUCUUCUUUUUCAACAACCGUUAUUGAUCAUAACAUACCAAAAAGCACGAAUAUUUUGAGUUUCGUAGUGGAGCAGCAAAAGCAAAAAAAACGGCAAAAGCAUGAUAAACAUUGGAAAGCCUCUAAGCAAAAAUCGAUUGAUGAUUGUGAAAUUCUAUUAGAAAGUUCUUCUAAUGAUUCUGUUUCAACUGACACACCGAUGGAAAUAGAUUUAGAAACGGAAUUUUUAGUACGAGAUAAAGAUGAUUUGGCAGAAAAUAGCGAAAUAGACGACGUCGAAGAAAUGUUGAAAGUUGCCGCUGGCCCUGCUAGAACUGAUAUUAAAUUUAAAAAAUCUAAAGAAGUUAAAAAAUCACCCUCGCGAAACAGUUUAAUUAUGGAUUUGACAGAUGGAAAAGGAUUGGUUCCUCCUAGUGUCACAAUCACGCCAAUCACUCCAAAUACUCCGAAUAUUAAUUCCGUUUUGGAACGACGACCUGGAAUUGAAAUAAUACCAUUAACAAAUUCAGCUGCCAUUUCAAGUUCAAUUACAAUCACACCUAUUUCAAGUUCCCUUGAUAAAGAAGAACGUAAAAAUUGUGGAAAUAAAAACUUGGAUGAAAAAAUUCGUGAGAAAAAGAGGAAGAGGAAGAGAGAAGAUGAAAACGCUACGAAAAUGGGGCCACCGGAAAAAGUGCCUGUUAAAAAUGAUCCUUUAUCAAAACCAGUCUCUGUAAGCAUUAUAAAACCAGCUACGGAUUCGCCUCCUGGUAUAAAUAGACCUAAUUCGCCGUCUGUGAGAAAAUAUUCUGCAUCUCCUACGCAAUUUCGUGAGAAAUCUUCCAGUUCAUCUUUUCAGCCAAGCCCUAAGCACUCUCCAGCUUAUGGAUCCAGUCCGAAGCAUAGUCCCAAGCAUGGAACAAGUUCUCCUAAACAACCGAACAGUGGAUCUGGUAAGCCUAGUAUGAGUACACUAAAGUCUGCUUCCAGUUCUCCAAACAGUAUAAAAAGUUCGGAAGGAAAAAUGAAAACGAAUAGCGGAAGCGGAAGUCUUGGUGGAAUUGGUAAAGAACAAAGAGAUAAAGAUUCAUCUCGAAAAACAACGGGUAACUCGUCAAAUUCUUCAACUUCCGGAAGCCCUAAAAUAAAAUCUUCGAGUGUGAAAUUAAAGCAGUUGGAUCUUUCCGGUGAGUUAAGCUCGUCGUUAUCUGGUAGAAGCACUCCACCAAAUAAUGCAUCAACGGGAGAUUUGAAGAAUUCGGGAAAUCCUUUGCAAAGAAAUCGUAAAGGAAGUUUAUCGGCAGUCAUUGACAAAUUAAAAUCGGCCCAAGAAGUCAGUGAUACCGCUCCUGUGGGUGUAAAAAGAGAUUCAUCGAAUUGCGGAAGUUCAAAAGAAGGUAAAUUACCAUCUGGACUUUGUGGAGCAACUCUAUCUAAGAUUGGAUUAGAAGGCAAAGCGUUAUCAAUUCAAAAAAUACCCGACGGAAUAAAAAAUCCUGGAGAAUACAUGGUAAAGCAAUCAUCGGAUGGUAUGAAACUCUUAAUAAACAAAAAAUCAAAAGAAGGUUCCAAAAUCACGAAAAGUGGCAGUUCUUCUGGCACCGGCUUCUUUAAAACUCACACUGGUUUAAAACCGGGCGUCAUCAGUGGACCAGCAUCUAAAAAAUCAACUUCUAAAUCUAAUAGCCUAAGUGGAAUGUCUUCCAAAGGAUCGAGUUCGCUGUCGAAAAAUUCAACCAUUAAAAGUUCCAUUGCAAAAUCUUUAUCUUCAAAAGGAAGUGGUUCUCCAAAAAUUAUCACAUCGGCAAUCACAGAUUUAACUCGUAAAGAAAAUUCUGGUAAAUCGAGAUCAUUGAAAAUCAAUUCGGACAAAACUCUAUUUAAAGAAGGCAUGCGUAAAGGGUCUCCUGCUCCCGUUCGCGACGAAGAUCACGAACGUGCUAUUAAGACGUUAAAAAUAGAAUCAGGUUUUCCACCGUCUGAAAAAAUAUCUGACAAAAGCGAAAUCAAAAUCAUGGACAUUCCAGCGAGCAAGACGAGUUUGGAUUUAGCCGCAAAUUUAAAAUAUCAAACAUCGAAACACGAUGCUAAAAUUCCAAGUUCGAACGUUCCCAAUUUACUAUCACUUCCGAUGGCCUUGACAAACGUGAGUCCUAAACUUCCUAUGACGUCACCAAAUCUACCCACCACCAGUUUAUCAUCGAUCACUUCGAAAUUGGAUCGCGGAGAAGAUUCGAAAUUCGUCGAGGCGACAAUAGUCGACAAGAUGGAAAAUGACGGAAGUUCAACGACAACGGUGGACGUGACUUCGGUUAAAUUUCAAACCAGUAAUACUCCCUUACCGAAAUCGGACGACGUGAAAAAAUCAUUCGAUAUAUCGAAACACUUGAUAUCGACUCAACAACCGCCGGAAAUGCUCAUCGAUUUUUCAAAUAGUUUAACGGGUAAAAUAUUAACGGAUAAAUCGGAGAAAGCGUUGGUCGUUGGGGUAACCACUCCGACCUGUUUCGUAAAACCCAAUUCUCCAGCAAUAUUUCAAAAGAGUCCUGUUCAGUCUCCCAUGGACGUACCUUCGCAAUCCCCUCAGUCGAUAACGGACGAUGAACUCAUGGACGAAGCCAUUGAUUGA